AAUGGAAAGAGUGCUCUGCAGGACUCCUCCAUCCAAUCUCUUGUUGUCUUUUUUUCCCCCAAUUUGAAUCAGUGAAUCCCUACUUCUCUUUGGAUCGAUCUCGCCGGAGGAGAUGACGAUUGAGUCGCUGCCGGGGAGCUCGUCGUCGUUGGGGCCGAAGAGAAGCAUGUCGUACUUCAGCAACGUCUAUGUUCUAGGCCUCACCAUCACUGCUGGGAUUGGGGGACUGCUUUUUGGCUAUGAUACUGGUGUUAUAUCUGGUGCCCUUCUUUACAUCAAAGAUGAGUUUGAGUUGGUUGCUCAGAGUAAUUUCUUACAGGAAACAAUUGUUAGUAUGGCUUUAGUAGGAGCCAUGAUUGGAGCUGCAGGAGGCGGGUGGGUAAAUGAUGCUUAUGGACGCAAGAGAGCCACCCUCAUUGCUGAUGUGGUUUUCACUAUUGGAUCUCUUGUCAUGUGUGCUGCACCAGAUCCAUAUGUUCUAAUAUUUGGAAGGUUGUUGGUAGGUCUCGGUGUCGGCAUGGCAUCUGUCACAGCCCCAGUGUAUAUUGCAGAAGCAUCUCCUUCAGAAAUCAGGGGAGGUUUGGUUAGCACAAAUGUGCUCAUGAUCACCAGUGGACAAUUCUUGUCAUACCUUGUAAAUCUGGCUUUCACAGAGGUGAAUGGAACAUGGCGCUGGAUGCUUGGGGUUGCUGCUGUGCCUGCCAUCCUACAGUUUUUUCUAAUGCUUCUGCUGCCUGAAUCACCCCGAUGGCUGUAUAUGAAGAAUGAGAAAGAACAAGCUGUUUCAGUGCUUUCAAAAAUAUAUGAUCCAGAUCGUUUGGAGGAGGAGAAAGUUUUGCUCUCUGUUGCUUCAGAUGAAAAUAUUGAGUCUAAGGAUUCUGCCAAAUACUUGGAUGUUUUCAAAUCCAAAGAAAUGAGGCUAGCAUUUUUUGCUGGAGCUGGCCUUCAGGCAUUUCAGCAAUUCACAGGCAUUAACACAGUAAUGUACUACAGUCCAACAAUAGUUCAGAUGGCUGGCUUCUCUUCUAACCAGCUAGCUCUGCUCCUCUCCCUAAUAGUUGCAGGCAUGAAUGCUGCCGGGACCAUUGUGGGUAUCUACCUGAUCGACCGAUGUGGCAGACGCCGUUUGGCACUGACCAGCUUACUUGGAGUUAUACUCUCUCUCUUCAUACUAUCUGGUGCAUUCUUUUUGCAGUCAUCUAGUGUGAGUGUUGGUACAAACAUCGGCUGGUUUGCAGUGCUGGGUUUAGCUCUCUACAUUGCCUCCUUUGCGCCAGGAAUGGGUCCUGUUCCAUGGGCUGUGAACUCAGAGAUUUACCCAGAAGCAUACCGUGGAGUAUGCGGUGGUAUGUCUGCCACAGUGAACUGGGUCUGCAACCUGAUCGUGGCACAAACAUUCCUUUCUGUUGUGGCAUUAGUGGGAACUGCUGCAACUUUUCUAACGAUUGCAGGCAUUGCCAUUGUUGCAUUUGGGUUUGUCACAGCCUUUGUGCCUGAAACUAAAGGCCUGAGUUUUGAUCAAGUGGAGAGGCUAUGGAAGGAUAAGGCAUGGGGAACUGGAGACAGCCAGGAAAGACUCCUUUCAGAGACUGAGCCUUGAGAGAUCUGUUUGUAAGCAGGUUAUUUCUGUAUGUAUAAUGAGUAGGCUAAAUAACUUAUUUUCUGUUUCACGUCUGGUGGCAUUCUUUAGUUAAUAAAUUUUGCCAUCCAAAUUGUUCAGUUCUUUUUCCUUGUAGGAACUUGACUUGAACUCUGUGUACCUGGGUUUUGAUAUGCAGUGAAAAUUGUUUUGAACA